UUUCCGUUUAUAUAACGCGUGAAUAUAUCCUCUAUUGUAUUCUACAACAAAAACAAUCAGAGCGCCUCGCUAUCACUAGUUUUAUUUUGAUCUCCCGGGUCCGCUAUUAGCUUUUAGCCAGUUAGCAUCAGCAAGCGUGUUUGCUGCUAACUGCGCUUACAUUGCUAAUACUCUAUUCUCACACAUUACCACUGCUGUACUCACUGUUACUUGCUUUAAUGGCGGAUGAAUGUCUCCACUCUGUGCAGCUCGAGCUCGAGGCCGUGGGGAAGCAGAUUCGCGACCUGGAACAGAGGCAGGCCAAGCUGAGAGAACGGAGAGCCGCGCUGGAAUCAUCCCGGGCUGACGCUCACAAGUCCGGGGUAAGUAUACAGCGUGCUGUUAACGGUCCCACCACGUCUACUCCGUGUGUUUCUCUGCGCAGGCCCGGUGCACCCAGGACGCGAUCUUCCCAGAUGUCCUUCACUGCGACGCCGGGACACCACGGACCCUGGGUGCAUCCACAUCGGAGGACGCGAGCCGGGUCCCGGGCGACUACUUCUCCCCCUCCUGCCUUCGAGCUCUCCAUCCAGAACCGCUUCGCUCCCCUCCGCGAGACAGGACGCGACGCUGUGAUCAUCGGAGACUCCAUCGUCCGACACAUACCCGCGAUCCUGAAGGACGGCGAGAGCCCCAGAGCGGUCGUGCUUCACGCCGGGGUUAACGACACCACGCUGCGGCAGACGGAGACGCUGAAGAGGGACUUCAGGAGCCUGAUCGAGACGGUUCGCAGCACGACGCCCGCGGCGACGAUCGUCGUGUCAGGACCACUGCCCACGUAUCGACGAGGACACGAAAGGUUCAGUAGACUUUUUGCUUUAAAUGAAUGGUUGUUGUCAUGGUGUAAAGAACAGAAACUGCUAUUUGUUAAUAACUGGAAUCUUUUCUGGGAGCGUCCUAGACUGUUUCGCGCUGAUGGAUUACACCCCAGCAGAAUUGGAGCGGAGCUUCUCUCUGACAACAUCUCCAGGACACUUCGCUCCAUGUGACUAGUAAGACAAUUCUCAAAUAACCAUUAUGAUGAGUUUUGUUCCACCCGCUUAAAUGCUAAAGGUACUUGCGCUGUAAAACCUAUUAAGACUGUGUCUGUUCCCCGAAUAGCGAGGUCAAAAUAUAAAUAUAAUGUAGGAUCUAGAAAAAAUCUUAUCGUAAUUAAACCAGAAAAAUGUAAAGUAAAUGAACAAAAACAAUUUUUAAAGUUUGGGCUCAUAAAUAUUAGAUCACUCGCACCAAAAGCAGUUAUUGUAAAUGAAAUGAUCACAGAUAAUAGUUUUGAUUUACUCUGCUUGACUGAAACCUGGCUAAAACCAAAUGAUUAUUUUGGUCUAAAUGAGUCUACUCCACCAAACUACUGUUAUAAGCAUGAGCCCCGUCAGACUGGUCGUGGCGGGGGUGUUGCAACAAUAUAUAGUGAUAUUCUCAAUGUUACCCAGAAAACAGGAUACAGGUUUAACUCAUUUGAAAUACUUCUGCUAAAUGUUACUCUGUCAGACAUGCAAAAUAAAUCUAAUGUAUCUCUUGCUCUGGCUACUGUGUAUAGACCACCAGGGCCGUAUACAGAAUUCCUGAAAGAAUUUGCAGAUUUCCUCUCAGACCUUCUAGUUACAGUUGAUAAGGCGCUAAUCAUGGGAGAUUUUAAUAUUCACGUUGAUAAUGCAAAUGAUACAUUAGGACUUGCGUUUACUGACCUAAUAAACUCCUUUGGAGUCAAGCAAAAUGUCACCGGGCCCACUCAUCGUUUUAAUCAUACACUAGAUUUAAUUAUAUCGCAUGGAAUCGAUCUUACUGCUAUAGAUAUUGUACCUCAAAGUGAUGAUAUUACAGACCAUUUCCUUGUAUCGUGCAUGCUGCGUAUAACUGAUAUUAACUAUAUGUCGCAGCGUUACCGUCUGGGCAGAACUAUUGUUCCAGCCACCAAAGAAAGAUUCGCAAAUAACCUGCCUGAUCUAUCUCAACUGCUAAUUGUACCCAAAAAUACACACGAAUUAGACGAAAUUACUGACAACAUGGGCACUAUUUUCUCUAAUACAUUAGAAGCUGUUGCCCCAAUCAAAUUGAAAAAAGUUAGAGAAAAACGUACUGUACCAUGGUAUAACAGUAAUACUCACUCUCUCAAGAAAUUAACUCGUAGUCUUGAACGCAAAUGGAGAAAAACUAACUUAGAAGUUUUUAGAA